ACUGCUCUGCGGAUGCAGUGGUAACCUCACAUCCCCAUCUCCAUGCACCCCUCAGUGUCCUGAUCUAUUCAGUGGAGGAAGCUGAGGCAGGCGUCACCCGGAGCCUUGGUACUGACACGGCUGCCUUGGACAAGGUGCACAUUGUCUUACCCUGGCACUGCCUCUCCUAUUGGCCUGUCCUGACUGCUACAGGGACUGGGCAUCCUUAAAAGGAGGCCAGCGAGGUCUCAGUCAGGCACACAAUCUUUCUGACUCCCACCAAGAGCUGCUGUGGCCACUGCCUCUCUCUGCAGGAUCACUGCCUCGCAAAGCUUAUACAAUGUGCAACCGAUUUGUGGGAACCUGGAAGCUCGUCUCCAGUGAAAAUUUUGAUGACUAUAUGAAAGAAUUGGGAGUGGGCUUAGCUACCCGGAAACUAGGUGGCCUGGCAAAGCCUGAUGUGAUCAUCAGUAUGAAAGGGGACAUAGUAACCAUCAGAACUGAAAGCACCUUCAAAAAUACAAUGAUCUCUUUCAAACUGGGCCAGCAGUUUGAUGAAACAACAGCAGAUGACCGGAAGGUCAAGAGUGUCAUAACCUUGGAGAAAGGAGCAUUGGUGCAAGUGCAGAAGUGGAAUGGCAAAGAGACCACAAUAAAGAGAAGACUAGUUGAUGGGAAAAUGGUGGUGGAAUGUGCCAUGAAAGGAGUUGUCUGCACUAGAGUCUAUGAAAGAGUGUGAAGAAAUUCCCUCUUUGCACCGGACUGGGACUGGCUCUUAAAACUCGGCUUAGUUCAGUGACCAAAGCCUCAUGCACUGUACUUCUUUAUUUUCUUAUUUUCUUUUACUGGGAAAAUGACUACACUAUAAUUUGAUAUUUCAGAGCCAUAGUGUAACUAAUCCAAAAUAUUGUGGUGAGCCAAUAAAAGCUUGUCAACACAUAAAAUUGAA